AUGAUGUGGCUGUUCCUAACCAUUGCUUGUCUCAUGUGCUUCACUGCAAAGUCAUAUGCCAACCCUGAGGUGGCCAUGGAUGUUGGUGAAAUUGUUCGCUACCAUGGGUACCCCUAUGAGGAGCAUGAAGUGGUGACAGAUGAUGGUUAUUAUCUCACUGUGCAGAGGAUUCCUCAUAGCAAAGACAAUCCAGAAAGCAUCAGCCCCUCCCAUGAAGCAGAGGCACAAGGCUCCAGCAUGUUCUGUCCCCCUCCAAAGGCUGCAGUCCUCCUGCAGCAUGGUCUGGUGUUGGAGGGAAGCAACUGGGUCACCAACUUGCCCAACAACAGCUUGGGCUUCAUCCUGGCUGAUGCUGGUUAUGAUGUCUGGAUUGGGAACAGCCGAGGGAACAGCUGGUCAAGGAAACACAAAGAGUUAGAGUUCCACCAGAAAUUUGCUGCCUGCAGUUUCCAUGAGAUGGCCAUGUAUGACCUUCCAGCAACAAUCAAUUACAUUCUGCAGAAAACUGGGCAGGAGCAGCUGUACUACGUGGCUUACUCCCAAGGCACCACCACAGGUUUCAUUGCCUUCUCCUCCAUCCCCGAACUGGAUCGCAAAAUCAAGAUGUUUUUCGCCUUGGCUCCUAUCACUGUCAACUCAAACAUGAAGUCACCCUUGGUAAGGGUGUUUGAUCUCCCUGAGGUGCUGGUUAAGCUUAUUUUAGGACACUCAGUGGUCUUUGAUAACACUGAGGUCUUGAAGAAAGUGAUUUCCAGUAUGUGCACCUACUCCAUCUUUAGAAGCCUUUGCUCCUUGGUCCUUUACUUGCCUGGUGGCUUCACCAGCAGCUUAAAUGUGAGCCGCAUAGAUGUCUACCUGUCUCGUUAUCCUGACUCAACAUCCCUCCAAAACAUGUUACACUGGCGCCAGCUCUACCAAACAGGGGAAUUCAAGCAUUAUGACUAUGGCAGUGAGAACAUGCUGCAUUACAACCAGUCUACACCUCCCUUCUAUGAGCUGGAAAACAUGAAGGCUCCUCUGGCUGCAUGGUAUGGUGGCAAGGACUGGAUUUCAGCCCCUGAAGAUGUGAACCUCACUCUGCCUCGGAUCACCAACAUAGCUUACAGAAAGUACAUUCCUGACUUUGUCCACUUUGAUUUCCUUUGGGGAAAACAAGUGUAUGACCAAGUGUAUAAAGAAAUGCUACAGCUGAUGGAGAAGAGCACCUAG